AUGCUCCCACGCGCCUCCCUCCUCUCCGCCCGCCACGCCACCGCCCUCCCUGCCAUCGCAAGGGCAACGUCCACCUGGGCCUCUGUCCCCGCCGGCCCGCCCGAUCCCAUUCUUGGUGUCACUGAAAACUUCAAGGCCGACAAGUCGCCCAAGAAGAUCAACCUCGGUGUUGGUAAGUCUCCUUCAACUCGCAUUCGUGACGGUAAUGGCAAGCCCUAUGUCUUGCCCACUGGUCUUGCUGACUUUACCAAGCUCGCUGCCGAGCUUGCCUAUGGUAAAGACUCGAAGCCCAUCGUCGAGAACCGCCUGGCCAUCACCCAGUCCAUCUCGGGUACCGGCGCUCUUCGGAUCGGUACCGCCUUCCUCGCCCGCUGGUUCCCCAACGCCAAAACCAUCUACCUGCCUACUCCUACUUGGGGCAACCACAUACCCAUCAGCAAGGACUCGGGGCUCGAGGUCAAGCAGUACAAAUACUUUGACAAGGACACUGUGGGGUUGGACUUUGAGGGUAUGAAGGCGGAUAUUGAAAAGGCGCCUGAUGGGUCUGUCAUCUUGCUCCAUGCCUGUGCCCACAACCCUACCGGUAUCGACCCCACCGAAGCCCAGUGGAAGGAACUCUCCACGCUCCUCAAAUCCAAAAACCACUUCCCCUUCUUCGACAUGGCCUACCAAGGCUUUGCCUCUGGUGACACCCUCCGAGACGCGUUCGCCGUCCGAUACUUUGUUGAGCAAGGCCACCAGAUCUUGCUUUGCCAGAGUUUCGCCAAGAACAUGGGUCUGUAUGGUGAGCGAGUGGGCGCCAUUUCGUUUGUGUGCGAGAGCGAGGAGGAGAAGAAGCGGGUGGACUCGCAGUUGAAGAUUAUCAUUCGACCCCUCUACUCCAACCCCCCUGUUCACGGUGCCCGCCUCGUCACCACCAUCCUCUCCGACCCCACGCUCAACGCCGAAUGGCUCACCGAAGUCAAAGGCAUGGCUGACCGUAUCAUCGAGAUGCGUGAACGUCUCUACAACAAGCUCGUCCAACUCGACACCCCUGGAGAGUGGGGGCACAUCAAGAGCCAGAUCGGCAUGUUUUCAUUCACGGGUUUGAAGGCCGAGCAGGUCGAUGCUUUGGCGCAGAAGGCUAGUAUCUACCUGACUAGGGAUGGCCGUAUCUCUAUGGCCGGUCUCAAUGCUGGCAACGUUGACUACUUUGCCGAGAGCGUCAGCAAGGCCGUCAAGGGCACUCUCUAG